AUGGCGUCCCUCCCUGUCCUGCAGAAGGAGAGCGUGUUCCAGUCGGGAGCCCAUGCCUACAGAAUCCCUGCCCUGCUCUACCUGCCUGGGCAGCAGACCCUGCUGGCCUUCGCGGAACAGCGGGCAAGCAAGAAGGAUGAGCACGCGGAGCUGAUUGUCCUGCGCAGAGGAGACUACGAUGCACCCACCCACCAGGUUCAGUGGCAAGCUCAGGAGGUGGUGGCCCAGGCCCGGCUGGAUGGCCACCGGUCCAUGAACCCAUGCCCCUUGUAUGACGCGCAGACGGGGACCCUCUUCCUCUUCUUCAUUGCCAUCCCUGGGCAAGUCACGGAGCAACAGCAGCUGCAGACCAGGGCCAAUGUGACGCGGCUGUGCCAAGUCACCAGCACUGACCACGGGAGGACCUGGAGCUCCCCCAGAGACCUCACUGAUGCGGCCAUCGGCCCAGCCUACCAGGAGUGGUCCACCUUUGCAGUGGGCCCGGGGCAUUGUUUGCAGCUUCACGACAGGGCCCGGAGCCUGGUGGUGCCCGCCUACGCCUACCGGAAACUUCACCCCAUCCAAAGGCCGAGCCCCUCUGCCUUCUGCUUCCUCAGCCAUGACCAUGGGCGCACGUGGGCGCAAGGGCACUUUGUGGCCCAGGACACCCUGGAGUGCCAGGUGGCCGAAGUCGAGACUGGGGAGCAGAGGGUGGUGACCCUCAAUGCAAGAAGCCACCUCCGAGCCAGGGUCCAGGCCCAGAGCACCAAUGACGGGCUUGAUUUCCAGGAGUCUCAGCUGGUGAAGAAGCUGGUGGAGCCGCCGCCCCAGGGCUGCCAGGGGAGCGUCAUCAGCUUCCCCAGCCCCCGCUCGGGGCCUGGCUCCCCAGCCCAGUGGCUGCUCUACACUCACCCCACACACUCCUGGCAGAGGGCCGACCUGGGUGCCUACCUCAACCCGCGACCUCCAGCCCCUGAGGCCUGGUCAGAGCCGGUACUGCUGGCCAAGGGCAGCUGUGCCUACUCAGACCUCCAGAGCAUGGGCACCGGCCCUGAUGGGUCCCCCUUGUUUGGGUGUCUGUACGAAGCCAAUGAUUACGAGGAGAUUGUCUUUCUCAUGUUCACCCUGAAGCAAGCCUUCCCAGCUGAGUACCUGCCUCAGUGAGCCUGUGGUGCCCACCACAAGGGCCUGCCUUUCACCUGCACACCCAGCUGGGAGGCUCUGCGGCUGCCUCUCCUUCCCGUGGCCCCUGGACGUGGGGGCCACUCUGGGCUCCCUUCGGCGCCCGUGUGUGGAGAGAGGUGCACCUCUUGCUCUUUUCCUCCUGCGUGGUUCCAGUCUUCCCAAAAGGUUCUAUUUUCAGCCCAGAAACCAAAAGUGCCUGGCUUCCCAUAGCCCCUCCAUAGGGAAGGCGUGGAGGGUCCUGCAGCGCAGCUGUCACCUUGUCUGCCUGUCCCCUACCCCCAGCUUUGUGUAGGUCUUGACAAAUUUCUAGUUCAACUCCUUCCUUCUUGGGAACCAUUCCUUAUGUUCCUGGGGAAGAACUGAGAUGGAAGACCAUGGUGUAAAUUAGCAGAGAUGUGUGCGUAUCUGUGUGUGUCUGCAUGUGCAUGUGUGUUCGUGUGUGUCUAUAUGUGUCUCUGUGUGCAUGUGUGUUCGUGUGUGUCCAUGCAUACGUGUUUGUGUGUGUUCACGUGUGUCCGUGUGUCUGCAUGUGCAUGUGCGUUCAUGUGUGUUCGUGUGUGUCAUGUGUGCCUGUGUGUUUGCAUGUGUGCUUAUGUGUGUUCGUGUGAGCCUGCGUGUGCAUGUGUGUUCGUGUGUGUCCAUGUGUGCCUGUGUGUUCGCAUGUGUGUUCAUGUGUGUUCGUGCAUGUCCACGUGUGUCUGCACGUGCAUGUGCGUUCAUGUGUGCUAGUGUGUGCAUAAAUAUGCAUGCAGGUUCAAGUGUGUCCAUGUGUGCUUGUGUGCGCAUGUGUGUUCAUCUGUGUUUGAGUGCGUAUAUGCAUGUGCAUGUGUGUUCAUGUGCGUCCAUGUGUUUGUGUGUGCCCAUGUGUCUGCAUGCAUGUGUGUUCAUGUAUGUCAGUGUGAGUCUGUGUGUGCAUGUGUUUGUGUCUGUGUGUGCAUGUGUUCGUGUGUCUGUGUGUGACUGUGUGUGCAUGUGUGUUCAUGUGUGUCCAUGUGUGUCUGCAUGUGCAUGUAUGUUUGUGUGUGUCUGUGUGUGCUUGUGUGUCCGUGUGUGUCUGCAUGUGCGUGUUUUUAUGUGUGUCUGUGUGUGCAUGUGUGUUCAUGUGUGUCCAUGUGUGUCUGCAUGUGCAUAUGUGUUUGUGUGUGUCCAUGUGCGUCUGUGUGUGCCUGUGUGUUCGUGUGUCUAUGUGUGUCUGUGUGCAUGUUUGUUCAUGUGUGUGUAUUUGUGUAUGUGUCCUUGCCAAUGCUUUGGGGCAGACAGCAUGGAGAAUAGCUUUGCAGGGAGUAAGGCACGGUCUGGGAGAAUUAAGCGAGCUUAAGUCAUUGUAUUAGUGUCUUAAGGCUGCUGGAACAAAUUACCUUAAUCUUGGUGGCUUAAAGCAACAGAAAUUUGUUCUCUCACCGUUCUUUCUGGAGGCCAGAAGCCUGAAAUCAACAUGUCUGAGAGGCUCUGUGCCCUCUGGAGACCCUGGUGAGGGGGGCCUUCCCUGCUUCUUCCAGCUUCUGCCGGCUCCCAGCAACGCUCGCUGGUCCUUGGCUUGUGAUCGCAUCACUCCAGUCCCUGCCUCGAUCCUCACGUGGCCACAUCUCCUCCUCCUGUGUCUUCUCUUCUAUGUUUAUAAGGACACUUGUCACUGACUGGAUUUAGGGCCCACUCACAUAAUUCGGGGUGAUUUUUUUUUUGAGAUAGAAUCUUGCUCUGUUGCUCAGGCUAGAGUGCAGUGUCACCAUCUCAACUCACUGCAACCUUUGCCUCUCGGGUUCAAGCGAUUUUCCCGCUUCAGCCUCCCAAGUAGCUGGGAUUACAGGCAUGCACCAUGAUACCCAGCUAACUGUUGUGUUUUUAGUAGAGACAGGGUUUCACCAUGUUGGCCAGGCUGGUGUCGAACUUCUGGCCUCAAGUGAUCCACUGGCCUCGGCCUCCCAAAGUGCAGGGAUUACAAGCAUGAGCCACUGCACCCGGCCCAGGAGGAUCUUAUUUCCCAAGAUCCUGAACUUAAUUACAUUUGCAAAGACACUUCUUCCAAAUAAAGUCCCAUUCACAGAUUCUGGGAUGUGGAUAUAUCCUCUUGCACUUCACAAAGGAGAAUAUUCUAAAGGCUACUAAAUUGCUCAACAUCAUUAGCCAUCAGGGGAAUGCAAAAUAAAACUGUGAGAGACUUAUCUACUAGAAUGCCCACAUUUAAAAGAUUAACAACAGCAAAUAUCAGCAAGGAUGUGGAGCCACUGGAACUCUAGUAUAUUUCUGGCAGAAAGUAACUGACACAACCACUUUGGCAAGCGAUUUGGUGGAAUCCACCAAAACAAAACAUGUAAAUACUCCAUGACCCAGCAGUUCUACUCUGGAGCACAUAUCCAAGAGAAAUGAAUGUUCAUAGCUGCCGAAGACACACAGAAGAUUGUUUAUAGCAGCUUCAUUCACAAGAGUCCUAAACUGGAAACAACCCAAAUGUCAAUAGAAAGUAAAAUAAAUAAGUAAAUUAGGGGCUGGGCGUGGUGGCUCACGCCUGUAAUCCCAGCAAUUUGGGAGGCUGAGGCCGGUGGAUCACCUGAGGUCAGGAGUUCGAGACCAGCCUGGCCAACAUGGUGAAACCCCACCUCUACUAAAAAAUACAAAAAAUUAGCCAGGCAUGGUGGCAGGUGCCUGUAAUCCCAGCCACUAGGGAGGCUGAGGCAGGAGAAUUGCUUGAACCUGGGAGGUGGAGUUUGCAGUGAGCUGAGAUUGCGCCAUUGCACUCCAGCCUGGGCAACAAGAGUGAAAUUCCGUCUCAAAAAAAAAAAAAAAAAAAAAAAAGGAAAAAAAAGAAGGGCAUAUUCAUGAAGUGGAAUAUUAUAAUACACAACAGUGAAAGAGUGGGCUACUGCUCUCCACACUAGCAUGGAUGGUUUUCAGACAUCAUGACGAGUGAAGGAUAUCAGACUCGAAUGAGUACACAUCUUAUUAUUCUAUUUAUAUGAAGUUCAAGGACAGACAAAACUAAACUAUGGUCUAUCAGUCAGGAUAGUGGCUGCUCCUGGUGGAGGGGAGCUGUUGACUGGGACACAGCAAGAGGGAGGCUGCUGGGUGUUCUAUUGCUUGAUCUGGGACUGGUUAUGUGGAUGAUUUCGUGUGUAAAAAUUUGAUGUGCUGUACACAAAAGAUUUGUGUGCCGCCGGGCUCAGUGGCUUACACCUGUAAUCCCAGCACUUUGGGAGGCCGAGGUAGGUGGAUCACGAGGUAAGGAGUUUGAGACCAGCCUGACCAACAUGGUGAAACCCUGUCUCUACUAAAAAUACAAAAAUUAGCCAGGCCUGGUAGCAUGCGCCUGUAAUCCCAGCUAGUCAGGAGGCUGAGGCAGGAAAAUCACUUGAACCCAGCAGGCAGAGGUUGCAGUGAGCCGAGAUUGUGCCAUUGCACUCCAGCCUGGGCAACAGAGCGAGACUCUGUCUAAAAACAAAAACAAAGCAAAACAAAACAAAAGAUUUGCGUGCCCUACUGCAUAUAUGUUACACCUCAAUAAAAAAUAAAAAUUGAACAAAAGAGCAGAUUUGCUAGUUUAACUCCCAAAGCAAUAUUGUAUGUUGGGUUUUAAAACUGAAAUUGGGUUUCAACUGAAUUUCGACAUUGGGUUUAAAAUUGAUUUUUUUUUUUUUUUUUUGAGAUGGAGUCUGACUCUGGCACGAUCUCGUCUCACUGUAACCUCUGCCUCCUGGAGGCAGUUCAAGCAAUUCUGCUACCUGAGUCUCCCAAGUAGCUAGGAUUACAGUUGUGCACCACCUGACUAAUUUUUGUAUUUUUAGUGGAGACGGGGUUUCACCAUGUUGGCCAGGCUGGUCUCGA